AUGGUUAGCUUGGAAGGCCAGCGCACGGGCGAGUGGCAGUCGGGGUUCGACCGACUUCUCCAAUUGAGAGGCUUGCUCUGUUUUGCAGGAUUCAGCGAAUUGUCCAACUAUGAAUACCUCACUCGCUCGACGUGUAAGACUCUCAAGGAUGUCGAUGAUGUCGAGUUUUUUGAGCGGCGGAUCAAUGCCAUGCUCACUAUCGGUAUCAAGAAGGAGGAUAUCACAGAGGUUUUCCACAUGGUGGCGGCUGUUCUGAAUGUGGGCAACACAAAAUUCGAUGCACCGCCAAACAACAGCGAAGGCUCCAAGGUGAUGCCCGAAUGUGCCGAGAAGUUUGGCAUUGCCGAGAAGCUGUUGGGAGUGCAGCCAGGGGAGCUGGAAAAGGCGCUUUGCAACCAGACGCGGGUCACGCGCAGCGAGAGGAUACGAAGCCCGGUGAAUGUGCGACAGGCAUCUGACAAUCGGGAUGCGCUGGCACGAGCCUUGUAUGGCAUUGUCUUCAACUUCAUCGUGCAUAGCACAAAUCUUUCCAUCGGCUACAUCGCAGAUGUGAAGCUGUUUGUUGGAGUCCUGGACAUCUUUGGGUUCGAAUGCUUCAAGAUGAAUUCCUUCGAGCAGUUGUGCAUCAACUUCACCAACGAAAGGCUGCAGCAGUUCUUUAACUCCUUCGUCUUUAAGUUGGAGGAGCAGCUCUACGAGCGCUGA